AUGAACGAUCUGUUCAGAGUUUGUAAAAAAUUGAAUCGAAUAGUUGUUUUCGUGUUUAAUAAUUAUAUUUGGCAAUCUUAUAUUAUCGCAUAUCAAUUCCGUUCAUCCUUAUUUUCUAUCAUGUCGAAAAUCACACUUGUUCUAUUCAUGGUUUGCGUACAAAUUGUUCUCAUCAAUUGUUAUUCUCUAAAUCAUUUACAGGGCAAUCUUUGGUCGGAUUUCGAUUUGGAGCCAAAGGAUGAAUUUCUUGCUAAACUUUUACAUACGGAGAACUUAUUCCAUGAUGACAGUUCAGCAUCUGAACCAUUCGAUGGUCGUGCACAUGGAUUACAAAAGCGUGGCCGACAAUGUUUAUGGAAAGUAUGUAGUUGGGCAUUAGACAAACGUUCAUCCUCAUAA